ACCUUCUUUGCUUUGUCUGAUCACAUCAAACAUCUCAGUUCUUAGAUCUGUCAGAAUUUUCCAUUUUGGUUCUGUUUUCUUUUGAUUUUUCUGUUGCAAGAAAACAUGAACAGAGAAGUUUCUGAGAGAGUUCAUAUUUUGUUCUUUCCCUUUAUGGCUCAUGGCCACAUGAUUCCAAUUCUAGACAUGGCCAAGCUUUUUGCGAGCAGAGGAGCCAAAUCAACUCUUCUCACAACUCCAAUCAGUGCUAAGAUCUUGGAGAAACCUAUUGAAGCAUUCAAAGCUCAAAACCCUGAUCUUGAAAUCGGGAUCAAGAUCUUCGAGUUCCCUUGUGUAGAGCUUGGAUUGCCUGAAGGAUGCGAGAACGGUGACUUCAUCAACUCAUACCAAAAAUCUGACUCAGGUGACUUGUUCUUCAAGUUUAUUUUCUCUACCAAGUAUAUGAAACAUCAGUUGGAGAGUUUCGUUGAAACAACCAAACCUAGUGCUCUUGUAGCCGAUAUGUUCUUCCCCUGGGCGACAGAAUCUGCUGAGAAGUUUGGUGUGCCAAGACUUGUGUUCCACGGCACAUCAUUCUUUGCCUUGUGUUGUUCGUAUAACAUGAGGAUUCAUAAGCCACACAAGAAAGUCGCUACGAGGUCAACUCCUUUUGAAAUCCCAUGUCUCCCAGGGAACAUAGUAAUCACAGCAGAUCAAGCUAAUGUUGCUGACGAAGCAACACCAAUGGGAAAGUAUAUGAAAGAGGUAAGGGAAUCAGAGACCAAUAGCUUUGGUGUCUUGGUGAAUAGCUUCUACGAGCUGGAACCGGCCUAUGCUGAUUUUUACCGAAGUUUCGUGGCGAAAAGAGCUUGGCACAUCGGUCCCCUUUCGUUAUCCAACAGAGAGUUUGUGGAGAAAGCAGGAAGAGGGAAAAAGGCCAACAUUGAUGAGCAAGACUGCCUCAAAUGGCUUGACUCUAAGACACUUGGUUCAGUAGUUUACUUGUCCUUUGGGAGUGGCACUAACCUCACCAACGAACAGCUGUUAGAGAUUGCUUACGGUCUUGAAGGCUCUGGACAAAACUUCAUUUGGGUGGUUAGGACAAAUGGAAACCAAGGUGAAGAUGAAGAGUGGUUGCCUGAAAGGUUUGAGGAGAGGACGACAAAGAAAGGACUGAUAAUACGAGGAUGGGCGCCGCAAGUGGUAAUACUUGACCACAAAGCAAUUGGAGGGUUUGUAACGCACUGUGGAUGGAACUCAGCUGUGGAGGGCAUUGCUGCAGGGCUACCUAUGGUGACAUGGCCAAUGGGAGCAGAACAGUUCUACAACGAGAAGCUAUUGACAAAAGUGUUGAAGAUAGGAGUGAGCGUUGGAGCUACAGAGAAGGUGAAAAAAGGAAAGUUGAUUAGUAGAGAACAAGUGGAGAAGGCAGUGAGGGAAGUGAUAGUUGGGGAAGAGGCAGAGGAAAGGCGGCUAUGGGCUAAGAAGCUGGGCGAGAUGGCUAAAGCCGCUGUUGAAGAAGGAGGAUCUUCUUAUAAUGAUGUUAAGAAGUUUAUGGAUGAGAUAAAUGGUAGCAAGUAGAGAGGAAGACAGAACAUGUGUUAAUGUUGUGAGAUGUAUUGUUUGAUUUUGUGUUACUCUUUGGAGUUCUCGUUUAUGUCAUAGACGAGUCAUUGGUAAGAGGAAGUCCAUAGUGUUUUUUUUAUACAAUAAAGCUUCAAUCAAGUCAAAUUUAAUAAGAUUGGAAGACAUGUAUUUAGUAAAGUAUAUACUUUAAGA